AUGACGCCGCUGGGCUGGGGCGUGGGGACUGGCGACCAGGAGGCUGAGGCGGAGCCAUCAGCCGGGCGGGCCUGGGAGGCGCACGCGCCCGUCAGCCCGCCCGCGGCUGCAGGGACGCGCCGUGCGGCGGCGCAGCGGGAGGAGCAGAUGGAAAGCGCGGCCGCCAGCGGGCCCAGCAGCAAAGGGGGCGAGGCCCUGGCCGCGCCGGCCACCCCGGCCGCCACCUCGGAGCUGCUGCCGCGCCCCGCGCUGCCACCCGUCAGCACCACGACCACUGUGGCGACGGCCCCCACGAGCCCCCUGGCCGCCACCGCUGCCCCAGCAGGUGCGGUGCAGCAGGCGCGGGAGCGGGCGCCCAGCCUGCCACCACUGCGCAGCCCUGCACCGCAGCCAGACCUGCCCAGCAGCCGUGCACAGGCAGCAGGCUGCCCCGCGCACCAGCUCGAUCCACCAAAGCUGGUGCAAGCAUACUGCUGGGAGGCGGCCCACGGCCCGCUGCCCAGCUGGCCGCCCCUGCUGUCCCCGCUGGCGCUGCCGGUGGAGCCUGCGGCGCCAAACCCGCCGCAGGGCAGCUUCCCGGCAGGUGCCGCCCCCACGCCGCCGGCUGCCGGGGCCCCCGCCGCCGCUGCUGCAGGCGCCAUGGCUGUGUCGCCCAAGGGCACGCCCGCGGCCAUGGAAGGCGGCAUGACCCCAACCCAAGCUGCCGUCGCCAGGCUGGAGGAGCUGGGGGCCAGGCGGGGCCGCAUCGUCGGCGGCGCGGCCGCUGAGGGCGGCGCCGCUGCCGCAGUGGAAGGCGAGGGUGGCGUAGAGGUGGGCGCCCCGCCCGAGCCCAAGCAGGGCGAGCGAGUGCAGGUGGAGCGGCUGCCGCUGGGAUCCAUGGCGCCAGCCGCCGCGGCUGGCGGCAUGCAACAGCUGGAGGUGCGGCCCGAGCACGAGGCCCGGCCCAUGACGUCUGCUGAGGUGGCCGGCAUGAAGUCCCGGGAGCACGCCAUACAGGCUGGCGAGCGGGAGCAGGUGAUGCACGCCAAGCAGAGCGAGCUGCACCAGCUGCGCGGCCAGGCGGAGCUUCUGGAGGUUCAGAGCCAGGGCCUGCUGGCGCAGGCGUCCCACGAGAAGCUGAAGAGGGACCAGAUGAGGCGCCGCAAGGGGCAGUUUGAGCUGGUGGAGUGGCGCCACUAUGCCGAGGCGGAGCAGGCGGAGAAGGAGAGGCGCAAGGUGGUGGAGGCAGCGCGGCCAUUGGCGGUGCGGGCUGAGGAGAGCGAGCUGGAGGCGAUGCGCCUGCGCCAGCUGGCGGCAGACACGGAGUUCCACGGAGAGGUGCUGGAGCGCAAGGCGCGUGCGCUGGUGCAGGAGAGCAUGGACAUGACUGAGCUGGCGCAGCAGCGCAUGAUGGAUGCGGAGCUGCUGUCGGCCGAGCUGUUCGUCAAGCGGCAGGAGCAGCAGGAGUGGCAGCAGAAGGUGGACCUCGUGUCUGCCGGGGACCUGCCGCGGUACAUCCAUGAGUGUGAGGUGGAGAUAGGCCGCCUGGCCCACCGCAUCACCGAGCUGCGCGAGGAGGCGAGUGGCUUGUUGGCAGCUGCCGGCAGCAGCUCUUGCCCCUGCCCGCAGGCCACGCCUGCUGGCUGA